AUGAUAAGCGAAUUUCUAACAGAGAUUGAUAAACGUUUACACUUGCAACAAGGUAAACCUAAAGGAAUUAAGCAAGUAUUAAUAGAACAUGAAAAAUGGUUGCUUGGAGGAUUUGUUUUGGAAUGCAAAAAAUGCAAAGAAAAGAAUCAAGACACUCAAAGUUAUAGCAACAGAAAUUGUGUGUCGAAAAUCUUUCUUCCAACCACGAAAAAGACUUCAAGUACAAAAGACAUUGAAAAAGAUGAUGUAAUUGGUAAGAGUCACCGACUAAUGGUUCGCGCUGGGCUGAUAAGACAGUCCUCAUCUGGAGUGUAUUCGCUUUUACCAUUAGCAGUACGCUCACUAAACAAGAUAGAAAAAAUAAUAGAUCUUGAAAUGACAAAUAUUGGUGCACAAAAAUUAUCACUUCCCAACUUAUUAAGUGCUAAUGCCUGGAAACGGACAGGACGUUGGGAAUCAGCUGGUAGCGAGCUAUUUCGCCUUAAAGAUAGGAAGGAAUCUGAAUUUUGUCUUGCACCAACGCAUGAAGAAGAAAUUACUCUACUAGUCGGACACGAGGUUGCAUCAUACAGACAACUUCCAUUACGAUUAUAUCAAUUAGGUAGAAAAUAUCGUGAUGAAAUGCGACCUCGCUAUGGAUUACUCCGUGGACGGGAAUUCAUCAUGAAAGACCUAUAUACGUUUGACGUUAGUGAAGAGGAUGCUCUAAGAACAUAUGAGGAGGUCUCAAUUGCGUACAAAAAAAUUUUCGAAAAGAUCGGAGUUCCAUUUGUUAUCGCAGAUGCAGAUUCAGGAAAUAUUGGAGGGACCAAAUCACACGAGUUUCAUUUUUUAUCUUCAGUUGGAGAAGAUUUGAUAUUAACUUGUCCGCAUUGUGGAUAUUCAGCAAAUGAAGAACGAGCACAUGGACUUGUUCCUCCAUCAAAACAAAUAUCUUCUCAUGUAAAUCAAAAGCCAACGUUUAACUUUGGGAUUAGCAAAAAUAAUAGACUUAUAAUAAGCAUAUUAGAAUUUGAUCGUGCUUUAAAUGUAUCCAAGCUAAAAGCUGCCAACUCCGAGAACUUCGAAAUCAUUCAAAUUAGAAAUGAUAAUAUAGAUAUAAAAGAUAUUCUAAGUAAUAACAAUUUCGAGGCAGUUGAUAUUUAUGUUGACAAUACUUUUCAGACAAAUUUAUCCGAUUUAAAGUCCAAUCAACUAUUCAACAAUAUUAUCUCUGAAAUACAAUCUAUUGGUAAACAUCCUAUCAGUAUACAUCAUGGUGACUUUCAUAACACUUCUCCAGGUGAUGAAUGUCCAGUAUGUUCCUCAUCCUCGGUUCCAAAUCAUUCCGAAAGUCUUUAUCCUCUUUUUGGUCAUCGUGCCAUUGAGGUUGGUCACACUUUCCUUUUAGGUACGAAAUAUUCAGAACCUUUAAAGGCUACAUUUGCACCUGAAGAUGUUGGAGAACUUAGGCCAAUUCAAAUGGGAUGCUACGGUCUUGGGAUUUCCAGGAUACUUGCUGCAAUUAUCGAAACUUCGCAUGAUGAGUAUGGUAUAAUUUGGCCACCAUCUGUUGCACCUUAUAAAGUUUGCAUUAUUCCAAGCUCAGAUGAACCAUUAAUACAGGAAUCAACGCGAAAUUUAUUCGACUUGUUAACUUCAACCAGCCAUGAAUUGAAUGGUGAAAUACUUAUCGAUGAUAGAACCAAUUUGUCUUUAGGUUACCGUAUAAAGGAUUCUGAGCUAGUUGGUUAUCCAUGGAUGAUGAUAUUAGGAAAGAGAUUUUUAGAUAGCGGAAGGGUUGAGGUACACGAAAGAAAUACUAGGCAAAGAAUUGAUUUAAAGUUUGGACCGGGAAUUAGCCGCAUUAAUCGUAUUAAUGUAAACAAUUUGGUUGAAAGGAUUAAUAAAAGAUCCGAAGGGCAAGAUGUUCCCGAUACAAAAGUACAUCAUGUUAUUAAACCGUCCUUAAAAGUUUUAAAUCGUUACCAUCCAGCGGCACAAAUUUUACAAAAUUCCGCUUUAGUAGUAGCCAGACAGUUGGAAAUGCUUAAUGUCUUUUUGGGUUUUGAACAGGCAAAUAAAUAUGCUCUUCUUGAUCCCGAUGGGAAUUGUGUAGGAUAUAUUGCUGAAGAGGAAUCUUUUGCUUCAACUAUAUUAAGGCAAAUUUUCAGAACGCACCGAAAAUUUAACGCCAUGAUUAUAGAUUUGGAUGGUCAAUUGAUUUUGAAUAUUAGAAGACCAUUUGCUUGGAUCAACUCUCGCAUGUUUAUUAGUACUAAUGAAGAACAAUUGAUUGGAGAAGUUCAUCAACAAUGGCAUUUAUGGCGAAGACGAUAUAAUUUGUUUAUCAACCAAAAACAGUUCGCAAGGAUUGAUACUGGUUUCUUAUCGUGGGAUUUCAAUGUCGAAGAUGAACAUGGAAGUAUUCUUGGAAGCGUUAAUCGUAAUUUUUCAGGUUUUGCCAGAGAGAUUUUUACUGACACGGGACAAUAUGUAAUAAGAAUGGAUUCUGCACAAAGCAGUUUUAGAGAGUUGUCGUUAGAUCAACGCGCUGUUAUACUAGCAGCGGCCAUCUCUAUAGAUUUUGAUUAUUUCUCGAGACAUUCCGGGAACGGAGG